AUGAACAGGAAGGAUAAGAAGAAGGGGGCGGGCAGUUCGCACCUGGCCUCCAGUGGCAGUGCCCAGCCGACCAGAAAAGCUUCCGCAUCUUCGUUCUCCCCAUCUCUCACAUCUGCCGCCACGUCCAUCUCCACAUCGGCGUCUGCCGUGCCCACGCUCGCCACCAAGCUCGCCCGCGCCAAGGGCGGCCAGGCCGCCACCGACCGAUCGCGCACCGGCCUCGCCCAGCACUCCUCCUCGCUGCUGCCAGCCGCAUCAUCUUCCGCUACACCCACGUCACCGCGGGCCAGUGCUGACGGCGACGACGAUGUGGGCCACCUGGAGGCGCUCUACGGGUUCAUGCAACCGCGCCGGGGCGUGACACUGCUGGCGACCCUCUGCUUCCUGGUCCUCGUGCGCUACCUGGUCUCGCUGCACCCGCACUCUGGCGAGGGCAAGCCGCCCAUGUACGGCGACUACGAAGCGCAGCGGCACUGGAUGGAGGUGACGAUCAACCUGCCCGUCACGGACUGGUAUCGGAACACCACGCAUAACGACCUCCUCUACUGGGGCCUCGACUACCCUCCCCUUACGGCCUACCACUCCUGGCUCAUGGGACACAUCGGCAAAUGGCUCGAGCCAGAGUCGAUGGCGCUUUUUACGUCGCGCGGCUACGAAUCGGUGACGAGCAAGCUCUUCAUGCGAGGAACGGUCAUCGCUGCCGAUCUCGCCGUCUUCCUUCCGGCCGUCUACGCCUUCGUGAACACCUACUACGCCUCCCUCUCCUGGAGCAAGCGGCCUGCCCUCCUGCUUAUCGAUCACGGCCACUUCCAGUACAACGGCACCAGCCUCGGGCUCGUGCUUUGGGCCGUCGUUUUCAUUCUUCGGGGCCGAGACAUCCUGGGCACGGUGUUCUUUUGUCUGGCGCUCAACUACAAGCAGAUGAGCCUCUACUACGCGCCCGCCUUCUUCAGCUACCUCCUGGCCAAGUGCUAUCGCACCAAGUCGCCGCUCGCCGAGGUGAGCAAGCUGGCGAUCGCUGUGGUCGGCACCUUCGCACUAUGCUGGGCCCCAUUCCUCCUCAAUGCCACCGACGCCUACCACGUGCUCGAGCGGCUGUUUCCCGUCGGUCGGGGCCUGUACGAGGACAAGGUGGCCAAUUUCUGGUGCACCGUUUCUCCAGUCUUCAAACUGCGCCAGCUCUUCGCGACCGCCGACGUGCUCAAGAUCUGCGGGCUGCACCUGAUGCGAGGCCCCACGCCGCGCAACUUCCUCCUGUCGCUCUUCAUCACGUCCCUCUCCUUCUUUCUCUUCUCCUACCACGUGCACGAAAAGUCCAUUUUGAUUCCACUGCUUCCCCUCACGUGCCUGCUCCUCGAGUCUCCCCACCUCGUCUCCUGGUUCAACAUCAUCGCCGCCUUUAGCAUGUACCCGCUCCUGGCCAAGGACGGGCUGGUGGUGGCCUACGUCGCGGUCCUCUACUUUGCGUGGCUGCCCCUUGCCAUUCAGCUGCCCCCGCGCCCUACCAGCCUCGCCUCCUCCCUCUUCACGGCGUCGAUGGCGGGCCUGGCGACCAUUCACGUCGUGCGCGCGAUCGUGGCGGCGCCGGAGAGGUACCCGGAUGCGUUCGAUCUGCUGAUAGCCGCGUUCGGCUGCGCGCACUUCCUGGCCGCCCUCGGGCUGGCCUACCGGGCGCAGUGCUUUGCCGAACCCGUUCUCGCCGCGACCGCCGGGUCCACCACGGUGUCCGCCGGUCACAAGUCGCGCACCAGUGACGACGCCAAGAAGCGGAAGUGA